ACGUGUUCGUAAAACCGGUUUAUUGCGUUCUCUGUAUCUGUAGCAACCGCGCUGCAAGUGGCAUCACCUUUCCUUAUUAUAGCAAUAAAUGCUUUUGUCUUCCCUUCGAAAUCACCCGAACUGCACUUCCUCAUCGUAACCCACCCCCUAUGUCUAAAUUGGGUUGUUUUUUUUAGAUCUUCGUUUACCAGCCUACACUCUUCAACUGAUCUUUACUACUUCUCUGGAAUUUUUUUUUUUUAAUCCAUUCUGAGAAAUAAUUUCCCCCCUGUUGGAUCUUUAUGGAUUGAAUUCAAGUGGCUCGAAGAAUCGUUGGAUUGAUUUGGAUUAGGGUUUCAGCUUUGUGAAUUGAAGUGGGAAAGUCGGAGAUGGCGUCGACGAUGUCCGUGAGUCCCUCCCAAGAAAAUCUUGUAGAUUCAACACCUUUACUUGGGAAUUCUGGAGGAAGUCGGGAUGAUGAUCGAAGUCGUCGAUUUGGUCGAGGACCAAGUUUACGCGGAGCAGCUCGUUUCCUUCGUAGAGCGAGCAGUCGACGGAUGAUGAGGGAGCCGUCGAUGUUAGUGCGAGAGACGGCUGCAGAGCAGUUGGAAGAACGACAGAGCGAUUGGGCUUAUUCGAGACCCGUUGUUAUUCUGGAUAUCAUUUGGAACUUGGCGUUCGUAGUGGUCGCUGCUGCUGUUCUUAUUUUGAGCCGAAACGAGUCCCCUUCUAUGCCUUUGAGGCUCUGGGUUGUGGGGUAUGCUCUGCAAUGCGUGCUGCACAUUGUCUGCGUUAUCGUUGAGUAUAGGCGUCGCAACCCAUCCCAGCGGCGAUUAAUAUCCUCGGAGCGUAAUGGAGAUAGGAGUAGUGGGACUUUGAGCUCAAGCUCUCGGGAGGAUGCAGGGGACGCUGGCGAGUAUGGUGAGUAUGCCUCAGAGCCGCAUCAGGACGAGGAAGGGACCAGCGUUGCAAAGCAUCUGGAAUCUGCAAAUACGAUGUUUUCUUUCAUAUGGUGGAUUAUUGGAUUCUACUGGGUAUCUGCCGGUGGCCAAGAUUUGACUCAUAGUUCUCCACAGCUCUAUUGGCUUUGCAUAAUUUUCCUUGCAUUUGAUGUUUUCUUUGUCGUUUUUUGUGUGGCCCUCGCAUGCGUGAUUGGUAUUGCUGUUUGCUGCUGUCUUCCAUGUAUUAUUGCAAUCCUGUAUGCGGUUGCAGAUCAGGAAGGUGCAUCCAAGGAAGACAUUGAGCAACUACCGAAAUACAGAUUCCGGAGGAUUGGUGAUUAUGAGAAACUCAGUGGUGAGAUACAAGGACCUUUUGGAGGAAUAAUGACUGAAUGUGAUGCUGAAACACCUAUUGAACAUGUUCUUUCACUGGAGGAUGCUGAAUGUUGCAUUUGCCUUUCUUCCUAUGAGGAUGGAGUUGAGCUGCGGGAACUUCCUUGUGGUCACCAUUUUCACUGUACCUGUAUAGACAAGUGGUUGUACAUCAAUGCUACUUGCCCUCUCUGCAAGUACAACAUUUUGAAGAGUGGAAGCCAAGGUCGGGAAGAGGUGUAGUGAGUCUCAGCUGUUCCCAGCUUUGUAAGCUUCUCUUUUGAAUUAUUCUCCUCAAUUGUGCUUGUCAACUCACACUUGGGCGCGAUAUGUCAUAUUAUUGUUUCAAGGCCUGUGUGUAUACAUGUGUGCCAGUGUGUGUGCAAAUAUGCUAGUCCCUGUGUCUUGUCUCUUGCUUACAACUUAUAGUACAUAUUCGGAUGCUGAAGUGGCUGUGUAUAUGUUUUUUUUAAGUUACGAAGGAGUGAGCUUAUGAGACGGCUCUUUUUCA